CAACACACAACCACAAACAUGGACAGCUCCUCAAAUUCCCGCCCCUUCAGCUUCGACUCCAAAACAAUGACAUCGGUUGUCUACGUCGGCAUCUUCCUCGCUAUCUUUAUCCCUGUUUUAUGGGUCAUAUACCGCGUUGUGAAGGAUCUCCGCAUCGAACACCGCGAGCGCCACUGCGUCGCUUCCAAAGACCUCGAAAAAGGAUCACCGUCGCCAUCGCCACCAUCAACCGCGGAGAUGCUGGAUAGUACACCGGCAAACCGCGGUCUCUCGGAGCUCGAACAACCUGCGUACCUGGAACUGCAUGGUGAUGGGAGGGCGGAGCUUUGGGGGGAAGAAUGUGCGAGGGAGGUUUGUGGGCAGGGGGUGGUGUGGGAGUUGGAUGCAGCUUGUAAAGGUGCUGCGGUGGUGCUUUGCGAGAAGGCGGAGGGGGAUUUGGGGUUGAGGGUGUUGCAGCUUGAGACUGCUGGGGUUGUGGAAUUGGACGGAACGGGCGUGGAGAGAGAUAGGAAUGAUAGAGAAGAGAAAGGGAUAUUAUGA